AUGCUAAGUUUUGCGAAAUUACUUCAAAAAGCGCCUAUGAUAUGCUCAUCCACCAUCGAUUAUUAUCGUCACGGACCAACUCAACCAUCAUGGAAUUUGAAGUUUUAUUUGAUGUUCAAAAUUGUAAAAGAUGGGUUUGCAUCAUCAACCAGUCAAACCAUUGAAGAUGUUCAAGCAAUGCAUAAUAUAAAAACAGCUGUCGAUGAUGGUGUACUUGUAGAUGAGCUGACAUUGUCAAAUUCACUUCCAGAAGAAUUAUCAGAAAAGAUUCGGUUAAAUGUUGAUAAUAAACCAAGAUUUUGGCAUAAAUCAUUUGAUUGUGAUGGUCGUUUACAACUUUAUGUGUCUAAUGAAGGAUUAGCAAUUCCAUAUGUUUCUCCAUUACUUGCUGAAAGUUUGGGUGGUUUACCACCAAUUUUAGUGAAAGUAGGUGAUGUAGAAGUAUUAAGAGAUGAGAGUAUUUAUUUGGCUUAUAAAGCUGCUAAUCCAGAAAAAUACAAUUUGCCAAAUUACAAUGCUGAAAAGUUUGAAAAGUCACCUUAUAAAACGCCUACAAAAGUUAUUCUUGAGGUUUAUGAAGAAAUGCCUCAUGACUUCCAGCUGUUUUGGAACAUACAUCCAUCACAAAAGAUAGCCAUGGAACGAGUGAAUGAAUUUAUUGAACAAUUAUUAUCAGGCGAAGAAGGGGAGAAAGGAUUAAAAGCCUUACGUGUAACAGGUAAAGGUGAAAUUAUCGAAGAGUUAAAAGAGGAGCAUUACAAGGUACUUGAAUGUGAAAAUAUUGGUGUUGCUUCUAUUCGAAAGAUUCGUGGUUAUAGACGUAACAACAACAAUCAAUGA